AAUAAAUAAAAAUAAAGAGUGAAAAACAAAACCUACAAACACAUCCAUAUCUCUUUAAUUUGUUUUCCCACACCAAACAACAUCAUUACCUUCACUAAACUUUAACCCUAAUAAAGCACACAUAUCACUCUAUAUAAAACCCUACAAACAUCACUCCAUAAACAACAUUCAUACUUCCUCUCUUUCUCUUUCUCUUUCUCAUCCCAAUGCACCAACUCCUCUUCUACUUUCAUCUUCAUCAUCUUCUGUUUUGAAGCCAUGCCACAGCAUUACAGUGAAGGAACAUCAUUCUCCAUCCUCUUUCCCAUGACCACAAACUCUCAUCCCAAAUACUACUACUCCUCAUCCUCAUCCUUAUCCUCCAUGGACACAAGCUCUUCUUCUUCUUCAGUGGACUGUACUUUAUCUCUUGGAACACCAUCAACAAGACAAAGUGAUCAUGCAAAUGCUAACUCUAAUGGCACUAGUACCACUUCCAAGCUCCCCAUCAAUGGCUACUGGGACUUCCUCACAAACUCCUCAAAACCAGCCUCACGUGAUCAUCUCCUGCAUGCUCGCCGUUGUGCCAACUGUGACACCACUUCCACUCCUCUCUGGCGCAAUGGUCCCAAAGGCCCCAAGUCACUAUGUAAUGCAUGUGGGAUAAGGUACAAGAAAGAGGAGAGAAGAGCUAUAGUUUCGUCAACAUCAUCAACUUCAUCUUGUUCAAGUGUAUCACAAUCAGGGUUAAAUGAGAAAGUGAUGAGUUAUGGAUACCAACAAGCAGUACAACAGAGUCCAUGGGGAUGUUAUGGUGCUUCAGGAACAGGAGUACCAAUAUCUAUGUUCUCUGGUAAUAAUGAUGAUGAUGAUGAGGAAGAUGAUCAAGGGUACCUUUCAUGGAGGCUUAACAUGGUGCAGCCUUCUUCUUCUUCUUCUUCUCAGUUUCAUCAUGUUAGAGAUAACAGGCCCUGCAGCCUCUUUCAAUACCAGUAGUACUAGAAGUUAUAUUUUUAGAUCUCUUUUUUUUUUUUUUUUUAGAACAAUGAAGUUAAAGUGCAAAAACAAAUCAAGAAUAGAGAGAAUGAAAAAACCCUCUAGACUUUUUGUUAAUUAUUUUCUUUUGUUUUGUUCUUGAAGAUGUUGAUUCAA